AGCGGUGUGCUCUUUUCCUCAAGUUCCUGGUUUCCCAGCCGGUGAGCCACGCCGGUUCUAGGCGGUCCUCCGGCUCCUGCAGUCGGCUCUGCUCCGUCGCUCUCCGCCCUGCAGCUCGGGGCCACCGCUCGUGCGCGCACGCCCCUGCACGCGACGAACUCAUGGCGGAGCGCGGGGAACUCGAUCUGACCGGUGCCAAACAGAACACCGGCGUGUGGCUGGUGAAGGUUCCUAAAUAUUUGUCCCAGCAAUGGGCUAAAGCCCCUGGAAGAGGUGAAGUUGGGAAACUGAGGAUUGCCAAGAAUCAAGGAAGGACUGAGGUAUCAUUUACUUUGAAUGAGGAUCUUGCAAAUAUUCAUGAUAUUGGUGGAAAACCAGCAUCAGUCAGUGCUCCUAGAGAGCAUCCAUUUGUUUUGCAAAGUGUUGGAGGACAGACAUUAACAGUGUUUACUGAGAGCUCCUCAGAUAAACUGUCAUUGGAAGGAAUAGUGGUACAAAGAGCGGAAUGCCGACCUGCUGCCAGUGAAAACUACAUGAGAUUAAAGAGAUUGCAAAUCGAAGAGUCCUCCAAACCUGUAAGGCUAUCCCAACAGCUGGACAAAGUCGUAACUACCAAUUACAAGCCUGUCGCUAACCAUCAGUACAAUAUUGAAUAUGAAAGGAAGAAAAAAGAAGAUGGAAAGCGGGCCCGGGCAGACAAACAACACGUCCUAGACAUGCUGUUUUCAGCCUUUGAGAAACAUCAGUACUAUAAUCUUAAGGAUUUAGUGGACAUCACAAAGCAGCCUGUGGGAUACCUGAAAGAAAUAUUAAAAGAAAUUGGCAUUCAGAAUGUAAAAGGGAUUCACAAGAACACAUGGGAGCUGAAGCCAGAAUACAGGCAUUACCAGGCGGAAGAGAAGAGUGAGUGAGCAGCUGGCACAGCUGAAGGCUGCCCUAGGCCAGCGGCUCACACCACGUGCUGACCGCCUGCAGCGACAACACGGAGACCACAGUCCUGCGACUCCUCUCAAUAAACUGUUGAAGCUGGGA